CGGUUCCGACGAACGCCUUCGCAAAGUAUGGAUAGAGCGCUGCCGAGGGCAUGUCGUUAAUAUUUCGCUGUCCUGUCAAUGCCGAAUUCAAGCAACGCCAUAAUAAGCUGUUUUGCGAGCAAGUUGAGUCUGACUCCUGCUAUGGGAACUAUAGAGAACUGAAAUUUUUUCUUCAUAAGUAUUGCAAAGCGACCGAUCGAAUCUUAACUGGAUGCCAGCCGACAAGCGGUGGAAAAUCUCUCUUUAUCGAAGAUUUGUACGAUGCAGGCUUCCAUUCUGUCGUAGGAGUAGACAGCUCUGAAAAAAUCAUUUCUACCUCAAAAGAAAGGAACAAAGAGAAUAGGCCUGAAAUUCAAUUCAUUGCGGCAAAGGGCUUUAAAAUUGAUGCUGAGGCUGAUGGUUUCAAUGUACUAAUAGACAGGGGUGAACUGGACAUGAUACACGAAAAACAAUCCUCUUUUGAGUUAUUUGAUUUUGCACAACAUUUUGAAGCAGCACAACGCCUUCUGAAAGUUGGUGGCCGAUAUAUUUGUUUUUCAUUUGCAACAACAGAUGUUUUGGAUCAACUUCUAGUCUAUUUUUCAUCUGGAUGGUUCUUCAGGGUGCACAUGCUGAACACAGAAUUGUCAGAUGGAAAAUUACUUCCACUUCCCUUCUUUUGUUUCAUCUUGACAAAGACAAAAUCUGCAGGAUUAUCAAGUCAGCCAUUACAAAUCAUUGAGGUAUGCCUGGAUGGAACAGAAAGCAUCCAGAGAUUGAAUUGUUUUUCGGAAGUCAGGACUAAUCUUCAAGAAAUCCAGCAAUAUUUCAUUACAAGGAAAUCUCUUGAAAAACUGAGACCCCAACAGCACCUCACUAUAGACUUGUAUUUAUCAUCUGGAGGUCACAAACAAAGAAGUGAACCUCGUUAUUCAUUGACAACUGUAGACAUUCAACCUUCAUUGGCAAAGAAUGGAAAGUUUGCCAUAUUUAUUGUACCACAAGGAAGGGAAACAGAAUGGUUAUUUUCGUCGAAAGAUGGGCAAACAAAACUUAGCACAAAUGCAGGUUUUGAGCGUGUUGUGAUUGUGACUCUUGGGAGAGGACACGCCUUUACUGACAUGGAUGCCAUUAAGGGUGAACUAUCGACAAAAGUCAUGGAACUUGCUCCUCGAAGACUUAGCCGUAAUGCACAGGUACCCUUCCUCUCUAUCGGCGAAGAUCUUGGAAACCGUGUAGUUUUGUAUGAAGGAAAUUCGCAGUUAAGUGGGGACUACGUUGUUGAAGAUGUCGACGGAGAUGGAGGACAGAAAUUUCGACGACUCAUUUUUCUUAACAACAAGAAUGUUGUGCAGUCAGAGGCCAGACUAGUAACAGACAAAACAAAUGUGAAAAAGGGUAAAGGAAAACAGAGCGCAAAGGUCGUUAACAACAGUAGUCCCCGAGUGGAUCAUGGGUAUCUAGCUUGUCAGCAUCACAGAGUGAUUGUCACCGGCCUGGCCUGGAUCGAGGGAUUUUGUACCACAGGUGAAAAUAAGAAGAGUUUGAUAGUUGGCCUGGGUGGCGGUGGACUGGCCAUGUUUCUGUAUCAGUACUUCAAGCAGCUUUCCAUAGAAGUUGUUGAACUAGAUCCAUCCAUUUCUGAAAUUGCGAAGAGCUGGUUUGAGUUCAAAGAAGAUGAUAGAAUGCAAGUCAUUAUUGAAGACGGAUUGAAAUAUAUUCGAUCCAAAGAGAGCGCUCCACGCUAUGAUGUGAUUAUCUUUGACGUGGAUUCUAAGGACACGAGUGUAGGCAUGAGUUGUCCGCCACAAGCCUUCGUGGAUAGAGCGUUUCUCAGACAGGUUCACUCCCUCCUAUCCCCUUCAGGAGUGUUCGUUCUGAACUUGGUUUGCCGCAACACCUCCCUGAGAGAGCAGGUUGUCAGCGAUCUUCGGGCUGUUUUCCCCGAGCUUUAUACCAUCGGAAUUGAGGGGGAAGUAAACGAAAUCGUGAUCGCUCUUCCACAGCUCAGAUACCAAGCAAACUGUGAAGAGAAGAAAUCACUUGACGCACUCAAGAAUCUUUUUGACAACUCAGUCAUGAAGUUACAGAAAUUUGCCAAGAGUCAAAGUCAUUCUUGGGAUUCAACUCUUGAUUUGUGUCAACUUGUACAAAAAGUUCAAAUCGUGUAGAGGAGAAAAAAUAGUGAACCGAAGAAUUGGGUUGUUGCUAUUAAGUUGUUUCUUUGCGACAGUAACCUCCACCAUAAGACAUUUAUAGCUUUUCUCAGGCUCCCAAUUACAGAGAAUUGCCAUGGAAAGUGCUGAGUUGAGUCUCAAUAGCCAUCCCAAAUUGCUAUAGUUUUGUUUCAUUUCACGUUCCUUUUUUGUGGUUUAUUACCCGACACAGAAAAUAAAUCAACUAAAGAAGGAGCCCAGGAAACACAUGUAAAGAACGAAGUAUACAAUUUUAAUGCUAAA